AUGUCGACCACUUUCAAGCUUAACAACGGCGCAGAGAUUCCUGCCGUCGGAUUCGGAACCUGGCAGGACGCCGAAGAGCAGGAGCAGGCUGUGAUCGAAGCUAUCAAGGCAGGAUACCGCCACAUUGAUACAGCUCGCAUUUACGGCACCGAGAAGGCCGUGGGUGCUGCCAUCAAGAAGAGCGAAGUGCCUCGCGAUCAGCUUUUCAUCACGACCAAGCUCUGGAACAACAAGCACCACCCGGACGAUGUGCCCCAGGCCCUUCAGGACUCCCUCGACGAUCUGCAGCUGGACUAUGUCGACUUGUUUCUGAUUCACUGGCCAGUGGCAUUCAAGCGCGGCUCCGAGUCGUUCCCUAAAGAUGCUAAUGGAAAGCCUGCUGUUGUCGAAACCGACUACGUCGCGACAUAUAAGGCUCUCGAGAAACUGUUGCCCACUGGCAAGGUCAAGGCUAUCGGUGUCUCAAACUUCUCCAAGGCCGAAAUGGAGCAUUUGCUGAAGAGUACCUCGGUCGUCCCUGCGGCGCACCAGCUGGAAAGCCACCCGUGGCUGCAGCAGCGGGAAUUCGUCGACUGGCAAAAGUCCAAGGGCAUCCAUAUCACUCACUACUCGCCAUUCGGAAACCAGAACGCGCUCUACUCGGAGCAUGGCACCAUCGGCAAGCUCAUCGAGGAUCCGGUGUUGGUGGAGAUCGGUAAGAAGUACAACAAGAGCGGAGCGCAGGUUGCUCUCGCAUGGGGUAUCACCCAGGGUCAUUCCGUGCUUCCCAAGUCCAAGACUCCCUCGCGCAUCAAGGCGAACCUUGAGGGCGACUUCAAGUUGAGCGACGAGGAUAUGAAGAAGAUCCAAGGCAUCAAUAAGAAGCUUCGAUUCAACGACAGCAGCAAGGACUUUGGUCGAGACUUCUUUACUGACCUGGAGGGAAAGAACUAA